AUGGAAGCUUCAGAGAAAGCAUCGAUGGAAAUAUGGCUUCACAAAAACACUUAUCAUCCAGCUGCUAUAAGAAAGUAUGCCAAAGAGUAUGUUGAUUUCCGUUCAAUUGCCUUACACCAACAAGGAAAGCAUUUGAGAAGACAUUUUUUAUUUUCGGAUGAAGAUAUAAAGUCUACUAUCUGUAAAUGGAUUCAGAACCAGAGACCAGAAAGUCGAAGUCUUAUCGAAGUGAAGAAGUAUAUUGGUGGAAAUAUUUUGCCAAGAAAGCUUGGUAUAUCUGGAAAUACUUCCACAAGUACAAUCUGGAAGUACCUUCAUGAAUGGGGUUAUGUGUUUAAAAAGAACUCUAAAGACAUUUAUUACAACGGUCAUGAAAGAGAGGAUGUGAUUGCAUACCGUCAGAAAUGGGCAAAAAGAAUGAUGGUGUACAAGAAGAAAAUGGCAGCUUUUUCUGAAAAUGAAGAAACUGUAGUUUUGCCAGUACUUAGAUCCGAUGAAAUAGAGCAUGUUCUUGUUACUCACAAUGAAUCGACAUUCUACACAAACGAUGGGAAAGAUGUCAUGUGGCUAAUAGAAGAUGAAAAUCCUAUCCGUAAGAAAGGUCCAGGAAUGUCUCUCAUGAUCAGUGAGUUCAAGUGCGUAUGCCACGGAACAAUGGCUAGAGGGGCAUGGUCGUCACGAGAGGUAUUCCGCUCUGGGGCCGACAGAGAUGGGUACUGGACGAGUGCAGAUAUAUUGAAGCAAUUGAAAAACAAUGUUAUUCCUCUUUUUGAAUUGAUUUACCCAGGGUGCAAGGCCGUCUUUUCAUUUGACCAAAGCACAAAUCACAAAGCGUAUGAUCAAAAUGCUUUGAUCUCAAGCAAAAUGAAUCUAAAUGACAAAGAGAUUGAAGACGACGAUCCUUGUUUUUUGCAGGAUACAGUAUCUGAUUCUUGA